CAACGUGUAUCUGAACCAGGAAGUACUUUCGUAUGCUGCAGCUAACGACCAGUUCACGGAUCGCACAGGGGAGUCAAAGUGUGUGACAGCAAAGUUGGUACGAGUCCGCCUGGCGUUUGUGCGUUUGUCAAACACAUGCCACGUAACGUCGUGGUUAACCGGCAGCUGUGUCGCUGAGAGGAGACCGAAGCAGCGGACGAGCCACAAACCGUUUCAGCGAUGUUCAGGUGGUGCAGGGCUGUUCCAAAAGUUUCCCUUUCUGUUCCUCAAAGGUGUAAUGGUCUACUUUGGAUCACUGUCCGGCUGUAGGAGACAGCACGAAUGUGUGCCGUGAACAUGACUUUCUUACCACUGUCUGAUAGGCCAUGAUAGGCAUGUCGAGUUAUGCAGGGGUUAUGGAAAGUCUAAUGAAUUCUGCUGAAGAGCAGCAGCCCUCCUCUCCCCUGGCCAACUCGCGGUCCAACAAACAGGAAUCAAGCGAGAGUCAAAAGCCAAAUGGUGUCUGCGGAUUUGUUUUAGUGCAUGCAGGAGCCGGAUACCAUUCGGAAUCCAAGGCCAAGGAGUACAAGCAUGUGUGCAAAAGAGCCUGCCAGCGAGUAUGUUCACUUUACGGAUGUUACCUACAGACAAACAAUGCUGUGGACCAGCUCAAAGCUGGGGCCCUUGCAGUGGAAGCAGUGGCUGCAGCGCUGGUUGAACUUGAGGAUUCUCCUUUUACAAACGCAGGCAUGGGCUCCAACCUUAAUUUGUCAGGGGAAAUCGAAUGUGAUGCAAGUAUCAUGGAUGGGAAGUCACUGCAUUAUGGAGCUGUAGGCGCUAUUCGUGGUAUUAAGAACCCAGUCUUAGUUGCAAACCGUCUACUGAGUGAAGCACAGAAAGGGAAACUAUCAGCUGGCAGAAUACCACCCUGCUUUUUAGUUGGGCGAGGAGCACAUGAUUGGGCUGUGAGUCAUGGAAUACCACCAUGCCCCUCAGAGAAAAUGGCCACCAAGUUCAGUUUAUCUGCGUACAAGAGGAACAAGCGAAAGAUGGAGCUUGCAGAGAAAAUGGACUCAGGACAUAAUCAGACAAAGAAAAGGCGACAAUCAAGUGAAAAUGAAAAUGGUUCUGGGUGUCUCGACACAGUGGGAGCCGUCGUGGUUGACCUGGAAGGAAAUGUAGCUGCAGCCGUGUCCAGUGGAGGCCUGGCCAUGAAACACGCCGGAAGGGUUGGCCAGGCUGCUCAUUAUGGAUGUGGCUGCUGGGCUGAAAAUGCCCGUAAUAUGAACCCUUACUCCACAGCAGUGAGUACCUCAGGUUGCGGAGAGCAUCUGAUUCGCACCAUGCUGGCGCGGGAAUGCUCUGCUGCCGUGCAGUCUGAAGAUGCCCACCAAGCACUGCUGGAGGCUAUGCAAAACAAGUUCAUCAGCUCCCCCUUUCUGGCCAGUGAAGACCGUGUUUUGGGUGGAGUUAUUGUCUUGCGGUGCUGCAGAUGUGUGGAAAAUCAGCCAUCUCAAAAUAUUCAGGGUAUACUGGUGGAGUUCCUAUGGAGUCACACCACUGAGAGCAUGUGUGUUGGCUACAUGUCUGCCCAAGAUAGCAAAGCAAAGACACACAUAUCCAGAUUGCCACCUGGGACUGUUCCUGGACAAUCUUUGGCCAUCGAGGGAGGUGUUUGUCGACUGAUGAGCGUUGUGGAGUGAGCCACAUUUGCCCUCCUUCUGGGCUUUUUCAGCAAUACUCCAAUACAUAUCCUCACACGCACACACACCCUCACCUACCCACCACUUUUUUGAGGCUAGAAAUAAUGAGUUGUUUCAACUAGAGCAUGACCAAUACUGGAUUUUUGAAGCCGAUACAUAUUUGUCAGGAGUAAAGAUUUCCGAUAUCAACAUAUCAGCCGAUAUUUGUAUCUUGUGUGGGUUGUAAUUGGUUAUUGGUCAAUUUUUAGUGUAUAAGACUUUAUUCUGUGUUUUAUUGUUUCUAUUCACCUGCCCAGAGACUAUAAAUGCUAUACUCUUUCCAGCAAGGAGCACAAGCUCCUUCUAAACCGUAUAUAUACAAACAGUGAUCACACUAUUUCAAAAUUUCCCCAAGCAUCUUUUUAUUGUGUUAACUUGCCGCGUAUCGGACAACAUUAACCGUAAUUUCCCAGUUUGGGAUCAAUAAAGUUCAUCUAUCUAUCUAUAUCUGUGAUAGACCAAUAUUGGGCCAUAAAAACAGUUAACCAAUGUAUCAGUUGGGCUCUAGUUUUAACAGGUGUCCAGAAAUGAGGGAGGAGGGUCUGCUUCUACUUAGUGCACUUACGAGAUUCCCGUUUGCCACUGUCUGCCUCCAGCAUGUACUCUAUGCCAAUUUACCCCCACGCUGGAUUAGACUUGAUGCAUUUCUUUCUUUGUACUCUUUUCCAACUAUAAAAGUGACGUCCUUCCUUUUUGUAUAUAAGCUAUGAUUUAGGAAAACAGGGUGGAUGUUACAUUUUAUUUUGUAUUGCUGAACAGAUGUGACUAUUUUCAGAUGCAAGACCAUAAAAGAUGUCAGAUUGCACCUUGUGGAAUAACUGCUACUCAAAACUCAUUGUUAGUUGAAGGAUUUGUAGCUGCGUGAGCUGGACGUUGAUUUCACAAUGUUGACAUGCUUUGCUUUGAUUGUUUUAAAAUGUAAAAUGCAUAAGUAUUGCAUGUUCAAAAUCUGCAGUAAGCCACUUUCUACUAUCUGAAAGGAAGCUAUUUGAUUCAUACAUUAUAUACUGUAUACAUAUAUGUGUGUGUAUACAGUUUAUGCAGAAUAUACACUAAAUAUGUAUAAGGUAUAAGUAUGAACAUAUACUCUGUGUUAGAGAUGGAGUGAGUGUAUGUAUGUAUGUAUGUACUGUAAAUGUAUAGUGCUCAGGUAGCAGCAUUUGACCCCACCGUCAAACUUGACUGUUAGUCAUCAGUUAAAGAAAACAAUUUAUAUUUAUAUAGUCACACUGACAGAGACAUGUAUUUUCUUGCUUAAAAAAAAAAAAAAAAACACAGCUAAGAACUAAUGUAUGCAUCAACCCCAUGAAAUGGUGCUGUUGAGAAUUGUACUUGAAUGGUGAAAUGGCCUAAAUUGAUAGUUCUGUUGGGAUAAUCUGUUGCUCUGGCUUUGCUGUUUCACUCUCUUACUUUUAAAAGAUUCCAGUCUCAACAAAUAUUCUUUACUUGAAAAUGAAACUAAUAUAAAAUGGUAUAAGCUAUGGAAAUUGUAAUAUGUGCACAGCUGUCUUCAGUGCCCACAACGUUAAUAAAAUCGAUGUUGCUACA